CGAAACUUUUCCUUCGUAGAUCCAUGCUUUUUAGUUGUUAAAUGCUUCGUCUGCAAGUGAUGAUGCUGUUUUUGAUUGGAAAAAAUUCAACAAUUUUUACCGCUUCUAGAUUAUAUCGUUUCAAUUAUCAAUAUCGUCGUUUUUCAUCAAAAAUGUUGCUUGAAGAUUUUCUUGUUAAAAUUGGUGAAAAAAUUCCAUUACAAUUAGCAUGUGAAUGGGACAAUGUUGGAUUGUUGGUGGAACCGAUGGAAAAAUUUCAAAUCAAACGUAUAAUGUUAACAAAUGAUUUGACCGAAAAAGUUAUGGAUGAAUCGAUCGUUAAAAAUGUCGAUCUAAUCAUCGCUUAUCAUCCACCAAUUUUUCGUCCAUUCAAAUCGAUUUGUCAAUCAAAUUGGAAAGAACGAAUUAUUGCCAAAUGUUUAGUGAACAAAAUUGCCGUCUAUUCACCGCAUACAGCACUUGAUGCCAUUCAUGGUGGCAUUAAUGAUUGGCUUCUUGGACCAUUUAAAUGUUCAAAUAUAAGACCAGUGGAAAUGUCAACACAAAAACCUAAAUUUCAAUAUCAAAUUCAUCUAAAUGAUGGCGAAAAACAAGAAUCAUUUAUUUUUGAUCAAUUGAAAGCCAUGAAUAUUCCAGCUCAAAUAAAUAAAUCCCAUGGAUUAAUAUACUGUAAUGGUGAUAUUUUGCCCAUAAUAUUGGACAAAAUCAAUAAACAAGGAACAAUAUUAUCAUCGAUAACUAGCUGUCAAAAAUGGCCAAUUUUACGUGAAGGAAUGGGUCGAAUUGGAAAAUUAUCGGAACCUAUAACGAUUAAUCAGAUUGUUUCUACAUUGAAAACAAAUCUAGGCUUAGAUAGAAUUCGUUUAGCAUUAGCCGAUAAUCAUGCCGAUGAUACUAUGAUUCAUUCGAUUGGUGUUUGUGCUGGAUCCGGUUCAUCGAUCCUUCGACAAAUACGACCAUCAAUAGAUUUUUUCAUUACAGGCGAAAUGUCUCAUCAUGAAGUAUUGGAUGCCAUUCAUUCAGGAACAUCGAUAGCAUUAUGUGAACAUUCAAACACUGAACGAGGAUAUAUUCGUAAUGUUUUAUAUGAUUAUUUUGUUGAAAAUUUUUCAUCAUUAUCGAUUUCAAUGUCGGAAGUGGAUAGAGAUCCACUUCAAAUUGUUUGAAAAAAAAUCAUCACCAUUUUUAUUCACCUCUACCAUUCAGAAAAAAAACAAACAACAAAUCGAC